AUGGAUGUGGAUGACAAGCUAGUUGAAUGUAUGCUUGGUUCUGACACAGAAAACAAACCAGAGGACAAGGUUGUAAAGGAGGAAACCAACAGAUUGACCACAGAUCCUGAGUCUGAAGAUGAAGAGAGCUUAGACAAUGACACUCACAAUGACAAUGAUUCAGAGGGCAAGAAGGUUUUGUCUGUGCCAGUGGAGGGUCAAUCUGGCAAUUGUAAGGUAACAGUGGAGGAGCUCACAAAAGCAAAGGAGGACAAAGCUGCCACUAGGGCUAAAGUAAAGGUAGAGGCUGAGAAAGCAAUGUGGGCCAAGGUUAAGGAAGAGGCUCAGGCCAAGGUGAAGAAGGAGAAGGAGAGGGGAAAGGAGAGGGAGAAGGAGAAGGAGAAGGAGAGGGAGAAGGAGAAGGAGAAGGAGAAGGCUACAGCCUUGGCACAGUCAGUGACAAAGCAGAAGGAUAGGAAGGAAAAGGAGGGGUCCAAAAGUUCUAAUACUGUUGCAAAUGUAGAAAGGUUGAAGGUGGUAGUAGAAAAGGGGAACAAGCUAGUUCCUGAAGAAGUUGUAAAACUGGAAAAGAAAAAGCUAGUCACAGAGAAAGAGAAGGUUGAUGUGAGAAGGGAUGGGAAGGAGAAACAAGUCAUAGUUAUUCCUCAAGUAGUUACAAAGCUGGAAAAGAAGAAAGAGGACAAAAGCAAGGAAAAAGAGCCAGUACUGGUGCUCCCAAGCAAGAAGUGCACCAUUGUAGAGGUGGAGAUUCCAGUCUCUAGUAAGGAAACGUGUGUGAAAAACCAGAAGGUUGUGGUGGAGUCUUCAAGCAAGGAGGAUGAGGAUAUCCCUCCAGAUUGGGUGGAGGGAAUGGUCUUCCACACACCUGAGUGUGUGAAGUGUACAGAGAGGCACAAGGGUCCUCAGGGAUCCACUCACUAG